AAACAACAACAAAAGGGUAAUCAAUAAUACUAAGAAUAAUAGUGGAAAGAAGAAGAAGGUUGUUGAUAAGGUUGUACCAGUGGUUGUGAUAUCGGAGAAGGAAAGUGAGUCAAACGAGAGAGAAUCAGAAGUCAGAGAAGAAAUGUUGGGAGAUGAUAGUGGUGGUUUAAGUGCUAAUAAGGGAACUGGACAUGAUGAUGAUGGAAAUAAAUCCCCUUUUCCUGAAAGGGUUCAAGUGGGUGCUUUUCCUAUUUAUAAAGUAGAAAGGAAGAAAGGUGGGUUUGGUCAGGUGUUUGUUGGCCGUCUUGUUAACGGUGGGAAUGAACGCGCCACCGGGUCUGGGGCUUUGGAGGAGAUUGUGAGGUUCGUUUGCAAGGAGUGGAAUGCUAUUAUCUCUGACCCGCACUUUAUUAGAGCCCACCUUCUUCAGUCCAUGUCAUCUCCUGCUACUACUGGUUUCCUUAUUCAAGACAAUGACCUGGAUGAUGCUAAGCUAAAACAGGCCUAUUAUGUUCACCCAUAUGAUCGUGUUGUCAGUAUACUUAAGCUUCCAUUUGAGGCCUUCAUUUUGGCUUCUUGUAACGGACUACUCUUGCUUCAAAAUGCCUUCAUUCCAAAAGAAUUGUCUGUAGUGAAUCUUGUAACUAAAGCCAACAUCAGUCUCCCUCCCCUGUCCCUCACCCUGCCAAAGGUAUGCAUUUAUCGUAAACCUUCUGCUGUUCUAGCAUUUGCACCUUCUUCUGGUCGAUACAAAGUCUUUUGUCCUUGUUUCGUCCCCAAAUAUCCACGUUCACCAUAUCGUCAACGUGAAAAAAAUGAUGAUCAUCUUGCCAGAUUUGAAGUUAAGGUUAUGGUAUGGACAGUAGCUGUUGAUGAAACUUGGAGGGCUAUUGACAUUGACUGUCAAGGCAUUACUAUGAGUAACAAGGCAAAGCAGACACUACUGAGUCAUCCGUUUUCUAUUGCAGCGGGGUAUGUCUAUUGGUUUGAUAUAUGUCACUCUCUUGGUUUUGCCUUGGAUAUAGAUGCUGAAACCAUGUAUCAAUUCGAAGCGCCAGAAGAUAGCGUUAUCAACAGCAAGGUGAAGACUUACUGUAUACCAAUGGACACCGGUGGUGCAGGUAUAAUAUAUUGGCAAAACCCUAGUAAGUUUUGGAAAGUCUGGGAAAUGAUAGGACCAAAAACUGGCCCUUGGGGUAGAUGUAUGAAUUUCGAUGCAGCUGGUAUGUAUUUGGCGCUUCAGAGACAUUUCAAUCCCUCAAAGUUUGGAGUCGCUAUACCUCUUUAUAUGAGCUUGAAAACUGGGGAGUUUUGGUUUUUUGGCUUUGUGGAAACCAAGCAUAGCAUGUCCUUUGCGUUGGUUUGUAUAUAA